UUCGCAAAGAGUUGAUGAAAAUCACCCCAUCCCUGGCAGUGUCUGGGAGCCCUGCCUCCUUUUUCAUUGGACUGCGCCGCAGAGCCAAGCUGUCAGCCCAUGUGGCGUGGCCAGAGAGGAUGUCAGACAUUUAAAUGAAGUAGAAAGAGAAUCAAAAAGGCGAGAAACCAAGGGGUGCAUCUGACGGACUGUUAAGGGCGCUGGCGCAGCACGCAUUGAUAAAUAGAAAGUCAGAUAUAUAUAUAGAUUAAAAAAGUCACUUACCGGAGUGCAGUGCCCAUUGCUUUCAUCUUCUAGAGGUGUAUCAGCUUCACGGCAGACCAUUUACCUGGACAACAGUUCUUCAUUUACAGGUAAGACAAACAAAAAAAUGGAAGAUAUUGUCAUAGCUGGAAUAUCAGGACGACUGCCAGAGUCUCAUAACCUCCAGGAAUUCUGGGAAAACCUUAUCAAUGGAGUUGACAUGGUAACAGAAGAUGACAGAAGAUGGAAGCCAGGACUGUAUGGCCUACCCCGCAGAAAUGGGAAAUUGAAGGAAAUUAGUAAAUUUGAUGCCCCCUUUUUUGGAGUCCAUCCCAAACAGGCACACACUAUGGAUCCACAGCUUCGCUUACUUCUGGAAAUCUCAUAUGAGGCGAUUUUGGAUGGAGGUAUUAAUCCAGUCUCAAUGCGGGGCUCCAAUACAGGAGUAUACAUUGGUGUCAGCGGCUCAGAAGCAGCAGAAGCAUUCAGUCGUGACCCUGAAGAGCUGCUGGGAUACAGCAUGACAGGGUGUCAGCGUGCCAUGUUUGCCAACAGGCUGUCUUACUUUUUUGACUUCAAAGGUCCAAGCACUGCCAUAGACACAGCCUGUUCAUCCAGCCUACUUGCCUUGGAAAAUGCAUUCCAUGCCAUACGCAGUGGACAGUGUGAUUCUGCUUUGGUUGGAGGGGUCAACCUGCUUCUGAAACCAAACACAUCUGUGCAGUUCAUGAAAUUAGGAAUGCUUAGUCCUGGUGGCUCAUGCAAGUCCUUUGAUGCCUCUGGUGAUGGUUAUUGUCGAUCAGAAGCCGCUGUUGCUGUUUUGAUUACCAAGAAAUCAAUGGCACGAAGAAUUUAUGCUACAGUAUUAAAUGCUGGCAACAACACAGAUGGUUAUAAAGAGCAAGGUGUCACAUUUCCUUCAGGAGAGAUGCAGCAGCGUUUAGUUCAGUCACUGUACCAAGAAGCAAACAUCGCUCCUCAGGAGGUGGAAUACAUUGAAGCUCAUGGCACUGGAACCAAGGUUGGUGAUCCUCAAGAAGUAAAUGGGAUUGUUAAUGUCUUCUGCCAGACAGAACGAAAACCUCUGUUGAUUGGCUCCACUAAAUCCAACAUGGGUCAUCCAGAGCCUGCCUCUGGUCUCGCAGCACUUUGCAAGGUACUGCUAUCAAUGGAACAUGGUGUUUGGGCUCCCAAUAUCCAUUAUAACACACCCAAUCCUGACAUUCCUGCACUAACCAAUGGGAAAGUGAAGGUGGUGUCCGAGGCCGUACCGGUUAUAGGAGGAAUUGUGGGUAUCAACUCCUUUGGCUUCGGGGGAUCAAAUGUCCAUGUUAUUUUGCGGCCACCCAGUGCCCAGCCAGUUUGCUCUCUAGAAAGUCCUGCUCCACCACGACUUGUUCUGUCCUGUGGUCGGACUGAGGAAGCUGUGAAUACCCUAAUUGAACAGGGUAGGAAACAUGCUGGCGAUGUCAGUUUCCUGAAUCUUCUUAAUGAGGUAUCAGGCAUACCAACUGCUGCUAUGCCCUACAGAGGUUAUGCCCUCACUGGCACUGAGUCUAAUAUAAUGGAGAUCCAACAAACACAACCUACACCUAGACCCCUCUGGUACAUAUGUUCGGGUAUGGGUACCCAGUGGUCAGGCAUGGGACGGAGUCUAAUGCAGCUUGAAGAAUUUCGAGAUUCAAUCCUUCGUUCAGACAAGGCCUUAAAGGAUACAGGACUGAAAGUCUCCAAACUUCUCAUGGAGUCGGAUGAUAACACAUUUGAAGAUACAGUUCACGCUUUUGUUGGCCUUGCUGCUAUUCAGAUUGCCCAGAUUGACUUGAUGCAGAAGAUGGGCCUGCAACCAAAUGGAAUUUUGGGGCAUUCAGUCGGAGAGUUGGCAUGUGGCUAUGCUGACGGUUCGCUCAGUCACAGUGAAGCUAUUCUCGCUGCUUACUGGAGAGGACGAAGCAUCAAGGAAGCCAAACUACCAGCUGGUGGAAUGGCAGCCGUUGGGUUAACAUGGGAGGAAUGUAAAGCUCAGUGUCCUCAAGGGGUAGUUCCUGCUUGUCAUAACUCUGAAGAUACGGUCACUAUCUCUGGUCCAAGGGAUUCUGUGAGGGAGUUUGUGGCCAAACUGAAGGAGGAUGGAGUCUUUGCCAAAGAAGUGCGAAGUGCUGGUGUAGCCUUCCAUUCAUACUACAUGGCUUCCAUUGCACCAUCUUUGUUGGAUGCUCUCAAAAAGGUGAUUAAGAGCCCAAAACCUCGCUCCCCAAGAUGGAUUAGUACUUCUAUCGCCCAGUCAGAGUGGGACUCUCCACUUGCCACAUACUCCUCCGCUGAAUACCAUGUCAACAACCUUGUAAGCCCAGUGUUGUUCCAGGAGGGACUUCGACUGAUCCCUGAAAAUGCCAUUGUCGUCGAGAUUGCACCUCAUGCUUUGUUGCAGGCCAUUCUAAAACGCAGUCUUAAACCUACAUGCACCAUCUUACCACUAAUGAAGAGAGAUCAUGCUAGUAACUUGGAAUUCUUUUUGACAAAUAUUGGAAAAAUCUACUUAAAUGGGAUUAACGUUGAUUGCAAAAAGCUUUACCCGUCAGUAAGUUAUCCAGUGCCUGUUGGAACUCCACUAAUUUCACCCCAUAUUUUGUGGGAUCACAGCCAGACCUGGGAUGUUCCUAGCGCUGACCAUUUUCCAGCUGGUUCUGGGGGAUCAACUUCUGCAACAGUUUAUAAUAUUGAUAUGAAUCCUGAGUCUCCGGAUUAUUAUAUGGUGGGACACUGCAUUGAUGGGCGUGUCUUGUAUCCAGCAACUGGAUACCUGGUCCUUGCCUGGAGAACGCUAAUGAGGUCCAUUGGAGCAGUGCUAGAGAACACCCCUGUGACUUUUGAAGAAGUGACAAUUCACAGAGCUACAAUUCUUCCAAAGACAGGCUCCGUACAGCUGGAGGUGCGUCUUAUGCCGGCCUCUAAUAAAUUUGAAGUGUCAGAGAAUGGGAGUCUUGCAGUUAGCGGUAAAAUUUGUAUUCUUGAAGAGGCUGCUCUAGAGGAUUUCCAUAAGCAAAUUAAUAACUCUACAGAAAGCCCAGAUUGUGAUCCAAAAUUGAAGCUCACAGCCAGUGACAUCUAUAAAGAACUACGCCUCCGAGGAUAUGACUAUGGCAAGACUUUCCAAGGCAUCCUGGAAUCUAACAAUGCAGGAGAUCAUGGAAAACUAAAGUGGAAUGGGAACUGGGUGACCUUCUUAGAUACAAUGUUGCAGAUGAUGGUGUUGGGACUUUCUGGACGCAGUCUUCGUCUUCCCACAAGAAUUCGAUCAGUCUACAUUGACCCAAGGUUGCAUGAGGAGAGAGUGAAGCAGUACUCUGGAGAACAGAAAGCUGCUGAUGUUAUAGUUAAUCACUGUCUUGACCACAUAAUUGCUGGUGGAGUUCAAAUAUGUAGUCUUCAUGCUACAGUGGCACCUCGUCGUCAACAGCAGCAGUCACCACCCACACUAGAAGAAUUCCGCUUUGUGCCACAUUUUGAGGAUAAAUAUUUGAGCGAUAAUAAGAACCUUCAUUCCAUUUUGGAGCAUUGCAAAGGUCUCAUUUUAAACUUACAGAGAAGAUUAGCACAGCAGGAGGUGAAAUUCUUCAUUCCAGGACUGGACAGGGAGGUAAAACAGCAGUCCUCUGCUGUCCCUGAGAAAGGUCUAGUCCACCUUUUAUCUGUGUUGUGUGGACUGGAGCUCAAUGGAAACCUGUGGUCAGAGUUAAAGCAAACAGUGCAACAAGAGAAAAACUGCCUGGAUGAAGACCUUCUGCUGAAUGGGCUACUAAACUCCUCUGCCCUCAGGGCGUGCUUGGACAUGGCCUUGGAGAACAGCCCUCCAGGCAGAAUGAAAGUGCUUGAGGUUCUGUCAAGUGAAGGUCACAUGUUCACGCAUGUGGCACCUGUGCUAAACCUUCAGCCAAUGUUACAGCUUGACUAUACUGCUACAGAUGUGACUGCUGACCUACUGUCAGAUCACCAGGAAACAUUACAAAACCUAGGAAUUGAUAUUGGCCAGUGGGAUCCUCUGAGUGGUCCUGCAGGUGGAAAUAUUGGCAAUGUGGACUUGGUUGUUUGCAACACCUUCAUGGUAUCUGUGACCAGCCCUUCUGACUUUGUCUCUAAUUUGAAAAGUGCUGUCAAAGAAGGAGGAUUUAUUUUGUUACAUACGCUGUUGAGAGGGGACAUUUUGGGAGAAACCAUUGCCUUCCUCACCAUGCAGAGACAGACACAAGGACUUCUUUCACAGGCUGAGUGGGAGGAGUUGUUUAGACUUGAAUCUCUUGAUGUGGUGGCUCGGAAAAGAUCCUUUUAUGGUUCAGUCAUCUUCCUGUGUCGUCAACGUGCUCCAAGCAAGACUCCUAUUUUCCUUUCUGUGGAUAAUCCGAACUUCAAAUGGGUGGAGCCCCUAAAGGCCAUUUUGGCUGAGUCCUCAAGUAGCCCUGUCUGGCUAUCAGCAUGUAAACGAGCAAACUCUGGCAUAAUUGGAAUGGUGAACUGUCUUCGACAGGAGCCUGGAGGAAACCGAAUAAGGUGUGUGUUUGUGACCAGCCUAGACCAGUCAUCAGUCUGUCCUUCGCUCAGUCCUACUAGCAAGGAGAUGCAAACCAUUCUCUGUCACGACCUGACUAUGAACAUCUUUCGCAGUGGUCAGUGGGGCUCCUUUAGACAUGUCAUGCUGUCACAAGAACCACAUGAGGAGCCCACAGAGCAGGCCUAUGUCAAUGUCUUAACCAGGGGGGAUCUGUCGUCUCUUCGAUGGAUUGUAUCACCACUCCGUCAUUUCAAAACCACCAAUCCCAAUGUUCAACUGUGCCACGUCUACUAUGCCUCUUUGAAUUUUCGAGACAUCAUGCUAGCCACAGGAAAGUUACCACCAGAUGCUAUCCCAGGAGAUCUUGCUCUGCAACAGUGCAUGCUAGGAAUGGAGUUCUCAGGGCAUGACCCCAAAGGCAAGCGUGUUAUGGGACUCCUUCCAGCCAAAGGUCUCGCAACAGUUGUUGAUGCUGAUGUACGCUUUUUGUGGGAUGUUCCUUCAACCUGGACUUUAGAAGAGGCUGCCACGGUUCCUGUAGUCUACACUACUGCUUACUAUGCGCUAAUCGUACGAGGCCGCAUGCGCAGUGGUGAGAGUGUUCUCAUUCAUUCAGGCUCAGGUGGAGUGGGACAGGCAGCCAUUGCCAUUGCCUUAAGUCUUGGCUGCAGAGUCUUCACCACUGUGGGGUCAUCUCAGAAGAGAGCUUAUCUUCAAGAGAGAUUUCCCCAGCUCAGUGAAGAUUCAUUUGCUAAUUCACGUGAUACCUCUUUUGAGCAGCAUAUCCUGCGUGCCACCUCUGGGAAGGGUGUCGACCUUGUUCUAAAUUCCCUGGCUGAAGAGAAAUUACAGGCCAGUCUACGCUGCCUAGCCCGUCAUGGGAGAUUCUUAGAGAUUGGCAAAUAUGACUUGUCCAAUAAUAAUCCUCUAGGCAUGGCUCUGUUCCUUAAGAAUGUUGCAUUUCAUGGCAUCCUGCUUGAUGCUCUCUUUGAGGAAGGAAAUCGGGAAUGGAAAGAGGUCUCAGAAUUGUUGAAAGAAGGAAUCCGAACCAAAGUGGUCAAGCCACUCCGCACCACUGUUUUCAAUCGUGAUCAGGUGGAGGAUGCCUUCCGUUACAUGGCACAAGGCAAACACAUUGGGAAGGUUGUCUUGCAGAUCCGUAAUGAGAAACAUACUACAGCUGGUCCACAUUCUAGUUCUGUUUCCCUGUCUGCCAUCUCCCGCACUGCCUGUCCAGCUUCUAAAUCUUAUAUCAUCACUGGGGGUUUGGGUGGAUUUGGACUGGAGCUAGCUCACUGGCUGAUAGAGCGUGGUGCUCGUAAGCUUAUUUUGACCUCAAGAUCUGGAAUACGUAAUGGAUACCAGGCAAAGAGGGUGAGAGAAUGGAAAGAGACGGGGGUUCAGGUCUUGGUCUCUACCAAUGAUGUUAGCACUCUGGAUGGAGCCACCCAACUCCUUGAAGAAGCAGCUCAGCUGGGGCCAGUAGGGGGAGUGUUUCACCUUGCCAUGGUUCUCAAGGAUGGCAUGUUGGAAAAUCUCAGCCCUGAUGAUUUCAUUGAAGUGAAUAAACCAAAGUUCUUUGGCACUAUCCACUUAGACAGGAUGACCCGUAAGUUGUGUCCUCAUCUGGACUAUUUUGUUGUCUUCUCAUCUGUGAGCUGUGGCCGUGGAAAUGCUGGACAGAGUAAUUAUGGCUUUGCCAACUCAACAAUGGAACGGAUCUGUGAAAAAAGGCAAUACGAUGGGUUCCCUGGCUUGGCAGUGCAGUGGGGGGCCAUCGGCGAUGUGGGCGUAGUUUUGGAGACCAUGGGCGGCAAUGACUCUGUGAUUGGAGGCACUCUGCCCCAGAGAAUCAGUUCAUGUAUGGAUGUCCUGGACCGUUUCCUCAACCAGACACAUCCUGUCAUGUCAAGUUUUGUACUGGCAGAGAAGACUGUGUCUGUGAAAAGUGACAGCAAGAGUCAUAAAGAUUUGGUUGAUGCUGUAGCACACAUACUAGGGGUACGUGAUGUGAGUAGCCUGAAUCCUGACGCCUCCCUGGCUGACUUGGGACUGGACUCGCUGAUGGGAGUUGAAGUGCGACAGAUGCUUGAGCGGGAUUAUGAUCUUGUAAUGGCGAUGAGGGAUAUCCGGCAGCUCACCAUCAAUAAAUUGCGAGAAUUGUCAAAGAAGCAAACCAGCGUAGAGGAGUCCCGACCUUCUCCACUGAAGAAAGCAGGAUCUGUGCCAUUCACUGAGAUGGAUCUUAGCAUCCUCCUUGUAAAUCCAGACGAGCCAACUAUCAAGUGUCUGAAUGACGUAGAGGGUACAGAGAGGCCACUGUUCCUUGUGCAUCCCAUAGAGGGCUCUAUUGCAGCCUUCCGGACCCUGACUUCUAAACUUAACGUGCCCUGCUAUGGCUUACAGUGCACUAGAGCUGCUCCUCUGGACAGCAUUCAAAGCUUGGCUUCUUAUUACAUUCAAUGUGUGAAGCAGGUCCAGCCAGAAGGGCCGUAUCGGAUCGCAGGCUACUCGUUUGGGGCCUGUGUGGCCUUUGAGAUGUGCUCUCAACUCCAAGCGGUGCAGCAGGAUUCACAUCCCAUGGAGUCCCUUUUCCUUUUUGAUGGCUCUCAUUCUUAUGUGGCUGCAUACACACAGAGUUACCGAGCAAAACUGACCCCUGGUAAAGAAUCCGAAGCUGAAACAGAAGCUCUUUGCGCAUUUAUUCAGCAAUUCACAGGGACAGAAUACAAUAAGCUACUAGAGACCUUGCUUCCUCUGUCGGACUUGGAAGCCCGUGUCAAUGCAGCCGUGGACCUUAUAGUUGCUAACCACAAGAAUAUGAGUCGUGACUCGCUACAUUUUGCUGCCUCAUCCUUUUAUUACAAACUAAAAGCAGCAGACCAGUAUGUGCCCACCUCCAAAUACCAUGGCAAUGUCACACUGCUCCGAGCCAAGACCAGCAGUGAAUAUGGAGAAGGACUUGGGGGAGACUACAGACUUCAUGAGGUGUGUGAUGGGAAGGUUUCAGUCCACGUCAUUGAAGGAGACCAUCGUACGUUUUUGGAGGGAGAGGGCGCAGAGUCCAUUACCGGCAUCAUCCUCAGCUCACUGGCAGAGCCCCGAGUCAGUGCUAGAGAGGGUUAAAGGUCAUUGGGUGCUCAUGGACACCUCGGCGGGAUGGGGUAUGGGGGGGGGGAGCAGGUGUUUGUUUUUUGUUUUUUUUAUUUUUGGUACAACACCUUCAUCUCCCAACACUUUUUAGCUUUCAAUGCCUGGAGGAAAAAACAACGCAAAUGCACUUCAGGGUCUUUAUUUUAACACUGAGAACCGGAGCUAACGUUAAUAUUUAGGAGAUUAAUCUAAAGUUUUAAAAAGUAACAAGAAUGAUAAAUCAAGGUGUCUGUAAACUGAAAAAAACAAAAUGUGACCACGGGAAGGAACAGGUGUUCAUAGUGGAUGAAUGGAGAAAUAAUUUAUGAAAAAAAGUAUAAAUAUAUUUGUUUCUCUCAAUCUUUAUAAUUCUGCCCUAAUACCGUAUACCUUCAGAAAGAGAGGUAGCAUUAAUACUCUUCAUUAAUUAUUACCUAAAAUGAUUAAUCAGAGCUCCUACCACGAAAGUUCAAAUUCCUUGCAUUAACUUAAUCAAGAAAUGGGACUUCGUGAUGGCCUUAAAGCUUUCAUAAGCGUCACCUGUUGCACUGUGUACUCCGCUCACCCCGUAGAGGAACGAUAAACAGCAAAAAUAUCUUUGGGAAAGAGUGCUAAGUCACUCGCUGGCGCUGGACACGGACGCCCAGAAUCCUCCCGUCUUUGUACCUUCAGCCGUUUACUUAUCUGACUGUUUGUUCUCUAUGGGAUGUUUACUAACCAAAAAUUCUGUGACAUGCCUUUAAAUUUUAUGGUCUGUCAGACCCGAAAACCCGAGUUAAAACAAAGGGUUCCUAGUGAGUUUUGUGAAAAAAUGCCGAAUUGUUUUAUUUCUUCCCCGCUGGACGGUGCUUCUUUUGAGUCAGUAUUAAAGUAUUAGAGAAAUGGACAAGUAGUGUUUGAGUUCAACGUAGGACGGAAUAAGCAAAGACGAGUGGACACCUUUUCAUAUAUUCUUGUUUUUAAAUUGCAGAUUGUGUCACUUUAGGCUCAGAUUUCACAUUGUUGGAGACAUUUGUGAACCUCGCAGUGUAAGCAUUCGUGAACAUCUUUGUUUUAAAAAAGAACAGCGUGCCCCUCGGCAUGUGCCACCUCUCUGUCCUGUGGAGACGUUUCGAUUGUAGCGUAUAAUCACCCACAUUACCAAAUGUUCAGAAGAGUUGCACAGCUAACAUGGCACAUCUCCCUGCACCUCCGAGUUUUCUGAACGUACGGUUAAAGCGAAGCCAUGAAGCAGUGCUGGGGUCCGUCGAGACCAAAUGAGACCACCGGUGAAGCAUUUGCUGAGUUUGCUUGGAAAUCGUUCUGCCUUACUAGUCACAGUGACCUCGCUGGAAAGGAAACGGAAAAA